GAUGGGAAAAUUUUGUAUUUUCUUGGCUCUACUAAUAGCUAUCUCUUAGCAAUCCUUCACCUUCAUAGAUUAAACAAGUAUGAUAAUAAAUUUAUAUUUAAGAUUUCUACAAACAAUUAGAACCUUUAACAGAUUUUUAUUCUGAAACAGGAUAUGUAGGAGUAAAUGACUUGAAAAAUGGAAAUAAUUAAUUCUUUUAUCAUUUGUUUUUAAAGGAAGGCAUAUCAAAAUUAGCAGAUGUAAAAAAAGAUGACAAUUUUAUCUUAUGGUUGAAUGGUGGACCAGGAUGUGCAUCUCUAAUGCAUAUAUUCCAAAAUGUAGGACCAUAUCAUGCUUAUAAAAAAGGAGAUAAAGAUUACUCAGUUAAGAAAGGAUUAAAUACUUGGAAUAAAGUAGCUCAUGUUAUUUUUAUUGAUUAACCUUUUGAAGUAGGAUUGAGUUAUUCAAAUCCACAUUAAAAUGUUGGAAGUUCUGAUUUAGCUGGAUUAUACCUAGUGGAGUUCUUUAGAAUAUUUUUUUAAUAAAGACCACAAUUUAAACAAACUAAAUUCUAUGUCUUUGGUGUAAGUUUUGGUGGUCACUAUGUUCCAGCAGUUGGAGCUGCAUUAGCAAAAUCAAAUUUAGAAAUGAAUUUUUAGGGUAUUGCAAUUGGAAAUGGUUGGACAGAUGCUUUCUUAUAAUACUAAAGUUAUGCUCCAAUGCUUUAUUCUUUAGGUAUUUUUAGUGAAUAAAAAAAAAUAUUCACCGAGAAUUAAAUGGCCAAAGCAUAAGCUGAUGUCUUAAAUGAAUAAUAUUUAAAGUCUACUUUUGAUGGAUUUGCAGGAAUAUUUUAUAUUCUAACUAAAUUUACAGGAUAAAUAAGUCCUUAUGAUUAUUAAGACUAUUUAAAUCAAGGCUAUGGAGAAGAUUUGUACACAGAAUUCAUAAAUCAGUACAGAAAAUAAUUUGGUGCUCCCAAUGAUCUUAUUUAUUAACCUUGCAAUGCUGAAGUUGAAAAAAAUUUUGAAGUGGAUAUAUCAAUUUCACAAAAGCCUAAUGUAGAAUUUCUAUUAAAUCAAGGAUUUAAAGUUAUGAUAUAUCAAGGAUCUAGAGAUAUUAUUUGCAAUACACCAUCUAUGAAUUAUGUUAUAAACUAAUUGGAUUGGAAAGAUAUUUACUAAUGGAAAAAAUAACCAAAAUAAUCAUUUAAAGCCAAAAGAGAAGAUUUUGAUAUAGAAGAAACAGCAGGAACGAUUAAAAAAUAUAAAAAUUUCUAUUAUGCCACAAUAUAUAAUGCAGGACAUAUGGCUCCAAAUAAUUUGCCUAUUGCAUCAUUAAAAAUAGUAACUCAUUUUUUAAAUGAUGACGAUGUUUGGAAUUGAA